CCCACACACAGUCGGCUGUCAGAGGAUCCUGAGGUUCACGCUUUUUUCCUUCACAGGUCAUUUGGAAUUUCAUUAGCCUCUAAAAAAAACUCUAGGAAACGUUAGAAUGGCCAUAUAUUACAAUUACGGGUUGCUGUUUGCAUAUCUUGUUCUACCUGGAUUCUUACUUGGGGAUUUGGUUUUCCGAUGCCCAAGUUGCACUGCUGAGCUUUUGGCUGCUUGUCCCAAAGUCACAUGUACAGAAAUAGUGAGGGAGCCGGGCUGCGGUUGCUGUCCUGUGUGUGCCAGGAUGGAAGGGGAACUUUGUGGCGUCUACACACCAAGGUGCUCCAGCGGCCUAAGGUGCUAUCCGAACAUGGAGGAUGAAUUACCUUUGCAACAGCUCAUCCAGGGUUUAGGACGAUGUGGACAAAAAGUGGACGUUGAUGUCACGGCAAGUCAAGCCAACCAGGCUACAAAUGAGGUGCAUGGGACUGAGAAUCCACUCCCCAGGAGGCCUGCCAUAGAUAGCAGGGUUUGGCAGCUGGAAUACGCCAAGAAGCAACACCAGAAUGAGAAUAAAAGCAAGAUGAAAAAUCAGCUAGAGGAGUCUCGAACCCAAAGAGUGCCUCAGCAUGCCUGUCAGCAGGAGUUGGACAAGGUCUUAGAGGAGAUCUCCAGAAUGACCUCUGAAGAUAACAGAGGCCCACUGGAGAACCUGUAUGUGCUCAAAUUUCCAAACUGUGACAGACAUGGACUGUACAACCUCAAACAGUGCAACAUGUCCACCCAUGGCCAGCGGGGCGAGUGCUGGUGCGUUAACCCCUUAACUGGGGUCCAGAUCCCAGCAACACCCAGAGUCAGAGGGGAUCCCAACUGUAACCAGUUUCAGGAGGAGCACAGAGUGAUGCCCACUGCAGCAGCCUUCCGCUAACAACGUUGAAUUUCCUUCAAACUUCAAAAUUUGCUGGGCUGGAUCCGUUCUGCCAUCCAUGGCUGUCAGCAGUCCCGUGUUAUUGUCCCUUCGACAGCCAAGCAAUUUCUCAUCACCAUGAGUAAUGGAUGACAUUACAUGAUGCCACCAUCAUGUUUCAAAAGUGCUGCUGUAAACCAUUACACACACAGUUGGAUUAUUAAGCAUUUGCAGCGUCAUCUACAGCGUCAUCUAAAAGUUGCAUUAUAUAUUUUAGUGCCUGCUGCAAUUAAGGCAGUAUUUGGAGUGACUUGCAUGUGACUGACAACAAUAACUUCAUAAUCUGCUGACAUGUCAACAGGUCCUUUUUUUAAGUUUAGAUGAAGGUAACAUUCACAAGAUUUCCAGAGGUGUAAAAAAAGAUUUAUUUGCCUGUUCAUGACUUGUGUUAUAAUGAUUCCCUAGACCUCCAAGGCAUCUGCAGUGUGACUGAGUUCAACAAUUAGGUUGCAUAGGUAUAAUUUUACACAUAAUUGUAUGUGUAAAUCACUGAUACAACCCUGAACAGACAAAGAGCUGUAAACGUGUAACAUGAGCUACAUAAAAUGGUGAUCACACAACAAACUGUUGGGCAAAUAAUGGAUGUGACACAAAUAUGUAUGUGGGUGGAUUUAUGUUUCAGGAUAAACUGACUGACAUAGGUAGAGAUAUUUCCAAAUCGGUGUAGACCAGUCCUUUUUAAAAAAUGACUACACUGUACAACAUAGGGAACAAAGUCCUUUGUCUUUGUUGAUGAAUUCUAAAGCUCCUCUGAAGCUAUUUAAAGGGGUUUGUUCUUUUUAGUACCAAAUUCCUUCUGUGUUUCCAAGGACAGUGUUUCCUUGCAAAGCUGCAGCAGAAAGACACUUCCUGGUAGUCACAUGUAGGUUUGUUGCUGGGAAACAACACCAGCAAUAAACCUCCACACGACUGCCAGGGCAAAGAUACCCACUCAAUCUGGCUAGCUCGAGUUAGCAUGAAAGUAUCUUUAGCGGUUUGGAAUGCAGUUUUUGUAAAAUAUUGUCGCUGAUUGUUACAAAGUAUUCACUUCAGGGACAGGAGGAAGCAUUACAGCAACACAUAACUCUUUCAGCAUGCAUGUGGUAUGUGAGUAUUAUAUGGAUGAAGAAUCCAAACAUGUCCUAUAAAGGUCAGUAAUGUCUCUUUAAAUGUAUUUCACCCAGUGCAGAAGAUUAUCUCUCACACAGUGACUAAAACGAUUUUUAUGAUACAGGCAACACUUAGGACAUAUGUUAAGUUGCAAAACACUUGCAAAUGUCGCCAACAAAAGUCACCGCUGAUUUGUGAUCAAAAUGAUUCAAGACAUGGGUGUAAAGAGAGACUUCUUUGAAGUUCUGGCCAAUCGUGUAUCAUAUGAGACCACUCCUGACUGGCUUUGGCCUUGUAACCUUAUGUAUGUGCCAGUGUGCCAGUUAGGCGAGCUCAAGUCCAAGAGAGCAAUUAAUCAUGCUGUGCAGAAUAUGAACACUCUUUCAGCUACAGCUUUACAGCAAUGUUCCGUUUUUGUGACAUGCUCGCUUUUAUUUUAUGUUAUUUUUUUAUUUUGUCUUAAUGCCUGGUCUUUGGCAGGGACUUUGCUUUUAAAAAUUUGACAACUUGGCUUGGUGUCACAUAUGGAUCUCUGGUGUCUGUGGAGUGGUUCAGCACAUUAAUGGUAUUUUGAGGCUGGCCUUUUUUUCCUUUUUUUCUUUUUUUUUUUGGAAAACAAAUCACAACAAGUGUCUUUUGUUUUAGGUUUGAUAGAUCAGGGACAAUGGGCUGAGGAGGGUGGUUAAGUAAUGGGAGUAAGAGUGGGGGUGCGUAUCUGUGUGCGAGCGUGACUGCGUGUGUGUAUGUGCAAAAGCACGUGUGUAUUGGCCUAGAGAGCCAAAGAUCCGCCCUACUUCCAGGCUACUAUUUCUUUUGUUAGCAUUCAACAACUUCCCCUGAUACGUUGAUGGUGGGUCUAAGACUCACAGAAGCUGUACUUGUUGAAUGUUAACAAAAUAAUUGUUGUUUUAUCUUUGUUCAAAUGACAAGGUAUUUCAAUGUUAGAGGGAAAUACAACAGGAGGGACAUCUAUCUUUGAAUAUGGACAAAAAAAGCCCAGUAUUAAAUUUCAGCUUUAUAGAAAGACUCAUGAAAACCCCUCUAUACAAAACAACACAGUGUAAUUGAAGCUGGUGGAACACAGGCUAACCUGGAGGCUGGAGAAGACUUCAGCUCGUUGUCAUGUAAUGUAUACUUAUAUUUUUGCACUGUACAAAAGGGGCAAAAGCAGAAGAGUAGAUUUACCAAUUUAAUGUAUUUAUGUCUCUGUGGCAUGGAGACAAAUUCAAAGAUAAAGACGUAUAUCUUAAAGGAAAAUGAUGGGUUACUACAACCUUACUGUUUGCUGUCCUGGCCAUUGGUUAACAGUGUUAAAAGUAAUGGCAUUGAUCUCAACCCCUUUUAUGGCUUGUAGGAUGUCAAAUCUUAAUCUCAAAGUUAGUUUACUUAACAUGCCGUUAUGGUUCUCACAGUCACAUCCGAUCCACGCUGAAGAACCCUUCAUUUGGGAUUCCGGGUCUAAGUCCAUCUUUGAUGAAAGGGCUUGAAUGAAGACUAGCAGACACUUGUCUGCCGUCUUCUACCACCGGCAUCGGAGGAUUCCACUGCUAAGUCAUGUGAUUUACUCCCAACCGCUGUACAUUCUUUCAAAUAUCCUUUCAUCACCAUACCGGUGAUGAAAAGAACCUCCAUUACUUCUUUAAGAGAUAGCAUUAUACAACAGCACAAGCAGUGAUUUGCAAAGAUCCCAAUUAUGCAGUGUAAACAUCUGCAUGCCAUUUGCUUACAUCUUUAAAUAGCCCAUCAUCAUUUCUAAAAGUCACAUUUAAUGAUAUGAGCCACGGGCGAAUCGAUGCACUGUGAAAAAAGUGAAAACAUUUACAAAGUUAUUGCUUCUGAUUUUAUAGCUCUGAACUUUUGUUAAAUCUCAUGAGAGGAAGAAUAUCCAAACUUUCUCUAAGACUCCGAGGUCUGAGCGGGAUAGAACUGCUCAACCGAGCAGUUGGCCUGGCUUUAGAUGGGUGAGGUGCGUGAGCUGACGUUAGAUGUAGCCAUCAAACAUUGUUGGUCUAAUUAUGUAAUAAAAGGGGCAUAAAUGCUUUGAAGUCCUAAGUGCAGUUGUCAGUUUCUUUGAAGGCAAAUAGUAAUUGUCAUGUUCAGUGCCUCACAAAUCAAAUCUUCUACACAUGUUUCCUCCUCCCCGAAGUCAAAGUCUCUGCCCUCCCUACCACACACACACUCACACUCACACACUCAUACAUACACACACUCUCUCUCUCUCUCCCUCACACACACACACACACACACACACACACACACACACACACACACACACACACACACACACACACACACACACACACACAAACAUACCACAACAACCUUUACGGCAGCCUUGAUCUGCUCGCUAUACAGGAACUGUGGGCCCUCCACCCUUCCAUACACUGAAUCAGUCACCCACAUCUGGAGUUGGUCAAAGUCCUGAGGUCCCCAGGGAGAGAUUUUGAUGGCCCCCAAAAAAGAAAAGUCCCAUUCUGUCACUUCCUGGAAUUCAUGUGGUGAUGAAGAUGACCAGACAACCCUUUGCAAAGAUGCAUGCAAAGACCCUUUGAUUUUAUUAGAUAUGUUAUCCCCCUGUGUGGUUGUGCAUGCUGAAGAACAAACUGCUAAUCAUUGCUGUUGAUUUGUAUGUUUGACCUUAACUGACCAGGUGAUCCCAUUGUGUUACAGUAUAUCACUUUAUUUUUUAAAGACACCCAGCUAAAUGCUGCUUUUUGACAAAUAUGUGAAUUUCUGAGGGUGAAUAUCCAAAUUGCUUGAUGUGAUUUUCUGUAUUUUCAAUAGCUGAUUGUUGCUCUGUUUACCAAACCUUCUUGUUUUUUUCUCUUCACACUGUGUGAGUAAGUCAGAGUAUACACAUAUACACUUGUGCUUGUAUGCCUGUGUAAAUGGACGUGUCUCAGGGGAGUCCAUUCUGCUUCUAAGUAGUAAGAAAGGUAGGUUUUCCAUAACAUAAUGAAGCCUCCUCCAGGCUACAAAUCCCGUCUUCCCAGUCAUUUGAAGAGUGAGCUGGUCCCACUAGAUUUUAUCCCCCCUUGAAGUUCAAACUCAUGUUAAAUGACUUCCUUGUUCCUGUGCAAUCUUUUUGACUGUGGUGUUGAAAACCAGGUGACUUGCCCUCGGGCGAGGCUUUAUAAAGUCACAUCCUGCAUGCUGCAUGAGAUCCUGUAGGCUAGCCUGGGUGUCUCAGACUUAUGUCUAAGAGGUUUAUCAGCUCGAGCCUCGGAGAUUAGUCAGUGCUUACUAUCAGGAUGAUUCCACUUCAAACUGCACAUUUCAAGUCAAUUUUAGAGGCGGCUCAUUUCUUUUACACAUAUGCAACAAAUAAAACAACCUCACCAGAAUGUUUAAAUGAAUACAUAACUUUAUUUAAAUAAAUGCUUUGUCAUAACAAAAAAAAGACAAAGGUUAAAAGAGUACAUAAAUUACAAGUUGAAUAAAUAUUACACAGUGAUAUUCACUUUAAUAAUUUGAGAUUUUUUGUCUUUUUUUUCUUAUUUGUCUUAUGUAGUUCCAAAUACUGACCAUUUUUAUUUCCCACUGUCCUCCUGCCGCCGAUGGGUCUAUUUCACAAGCCAGUGAACACCAAAUUAUGAAAACCAAUUGUAUUGUCUCAUUACAUCCAGAAAGUGUUAUGUAUUCAGAAAAAAGCUGUAGUAACUGUACUAAAGGAUGAAUUGUGAAGAUGAGUAAACCAUGUAAGAGAUGAGAAACCUGAGGAAGUCACUACUCGCAAACAGGUGUCGGAAACAGGAAGUUACUGACAUUAAUAAAGGAGAGACUUUUUUUUGUUUUUCAACCUUGAACCUCAACCUGCUUUCCAAACAAAAGAAAUGAAUACUUUCAAAACUGAAGUAUUCACACCCUUAAUGAAUCUAGACAAUAACUGGUCCCAGAUGUCAGACAUUUCACUGUUUUUGACUUGAGUAUUUAUAUGAAAUUGGAACUUGAUACUCUCCUGGUUGCGAUCCAUGACUCCUGGUAACUCUCUUGCUAACUGUAACUAAUGUCAUGCAAUUGGUGACCCCAUAUCGGGGAAGUGGCUAGGCCCUGAUUGUGACCACUGCCCAUGACGCUCGCUCUUCCUCUUUCCUCUCUCCUCUAUCUCUUUCCCCCCUCUAUCUUACCUCUCAUCUCUGUGCAAUAGGCCAUGAGAACAUCUCUAGCUGUGUGUUACUUUCGAUCUAUUUUUCCCUAAAGGAUGUUGCUGUAUUGGAGGUCCCAGGCAUGGGCUGCACAGCCCCUGUCAACAAAUAUUACCUCAAAGCACCACCUUUAACAGGUAAGCACAAGAUAACACAACAUUUAGCUUUUGUGGCUGUUUUUUUUUCCGUUUUUACAUUUUUUUGUGUUCCACUAACUUCAUGAUACCACAUCUUAGGACGUUGUUGAGUAUCAAUAUCAAUAGUGAGUAACUGAAAUAAGUGCAAGCUGCUUUUUUGUUUCGAAAGUGGUAGUGGGGAUUUGGUGUUGGAAGUGGGGGCAAGAAGCCUUGAUAAUAUAUUCACAACCGGGAGCCGUUUUGGAUGCAAAUAUCAUUUCUCUUUUGUUUAAACAAAGGAAAUGGUUGGUUUACCUCCAAACAUCCUCAGGACUCCCCUCUCUGGCAAUCAUAUACAUUGGCAUUCACAAGAAAAAAGCAAGAAUCUUAGCUUAUUGGUUGUCAAAGAAAGACAAGAGGGAGGUUUAACUGACUGCAGUUACACAGCAGUUCCUCACAAAUCAUUCUUGAUCAGAAUUGCCCCCGAGGUACAGGUGGAGAUCACAAAUGGAUUUGCAAUGUGUUGCUGAAACCAUUUAAGGACCUACCACAUUCAUUGUUCUUCUCCUUAUCAGAACUAAACCUAGACCUGUUUUAUCAUCAUAACACCAACCAGUCCCAGUGAGGGGCUGUCGGAAAAAGGAAAUUGCCCUGUGUCACUUUCACGUCACUACUUAAAUGUAUUUGCAUGUAGGAAGGCACUGUGACUUGCACACAGAGAGAGAACAACUCUACUUAAAUGACCCUGUUAUAACCUGUAACCUUUGUGUUUGAUCAUGAUCCCCUUAACUGUAAGUAAGCAGAUAAACUUUGUAUGGAGGCAUGUCAGCAGAAGGUUUCCAGAGAGUUAGCUUCUUUGACUGCCCUGUAGUCAAAUGACUCUCGGUCAUUGUCCAGACAAGCUACAAGGAGGACCUAUUCAAAUUGUUUACAGGCUAAAAAAAAAUUUCCAAGCACAAUUAAAUUGUUGUCAUACUUUGUCUCUACAGGAAAAACAACAUUCAAUUACUAUAUUUAAAAGUAAUACACCAUGGUUACACUGUAGUAGCAGUACUGAGGGGAAACCAUUUGAUAAAGGAACAUGGCUCAAAAGUGGGCGGUCUUUACUUCACUGAAGGCAAAGAAAACAGCACAAACAAAACCAUACAAAACUACACUUCACACAACUGAAUCAGAGAAGCAACCGGCCUGACUUGGCAAGUUUGAUUAUGCACUCAACUCAAAAGAUCAAAGUCAGAAGUGAGUCCCAUCACUUAAGCUGAAAACUGUAAUCUUUAUUUCACCAGUAUAGAGUCAGUGCUCUCUAAGCUCUGUGUCGCCCUGCAUGGCAGUGUCUGUUCAAAUAGGCACAGUUGGCAUAUCAGGCUAGCUACAUUGUCAAAGAGCCACUUACAUAGGUUCAUCUGUAAUGAUUUGCUUACUCUUUUGUUUCUGAACGCUCCGUGUCCCAAGACAUACUUUACAUUAUAGAGAAGGCCAGCCCCAAGACCACCUCAAGCGCUAGCAAUACUUGUUGUGACAAAAUCAAACAAAAGAGAAAGAAAAAAAAGGACAUUCUUUUUUUGUAAUAGGCUCACUCCAUCAUACGCCAACACAGGCUGAUACAUACUACACAUUCGCACUGUACACACACACACACGCAUUCAUGCACACAUUAUUUUGUGAAGUUACACAUAUCUUAGCAGGUUCCCCUAUUUAUAAGUGCUCUGACAGAACCACAUACCCAGAUAGAGUCAACUGUUACAGCAUAUCCCUAUCUCUUGUUUCUUUUUUUUUUCUCGUUUGGAAAAAAGACAAAAAAAACAAACAAAAAAAACAACAAA